AUGGCCGAGACCGAGACGCCGGUGCUUUGGUGCGUGGACGAGCUCAACGUGGCCACGCGUCGCGGCCGUAUCGUGCGCAAAGUACGGGAGCGCUAUCUCCGCGACGAUCUGAGCUGCUCGCUGCCGAGCUGCUCGUUGUGCAGCACCGAUGACGACGUGACAGCGGCCACGCACGUGCUGGGCACCAUGAAGACGGUGCUGGGCGACUGUCCACGAGACGGGUCGUAUCUAUUGCCAUCGAUGAAGACGGUGUUGCUUCAGAUGGACGUGUUGGAGUUUUCGUGCAAGAAAAGGACGCACGCGGACACGCGCGAAGUCUUUGCCGAUGUUUUGAUAUUAGAGACCGUGUGGGAGUUUGUCAAGCGACAGGAUCUGGGCGUCUACAAUCGUCUUCGCGCGCUGCUGCUGAACGCUGAUCGGCGGUUUGUCGUGUUUGCUAACGAGCACCAUCAGUCGUGUUUUGUCCAGAAGCAACAGAUGCUGCCUCAAGGGUACAGGGAAGACGAAGAGAUAAUGGGCACGUUCGAGACGGAAGACAAGCGAAAUGAACGCGCUGUAGCUACUGCUUGGACGUGGUAUGCCAAGCAUCUGAAGGAGCUCGAGCGGAGCCACAAGGUUCGAGUUCAGUUUUUGGCCAAUGACGCCGAGGACUUGAAAAGUGCUGAACACUACGGCGUCACGGGAGGAAUGACGAUAGCAGAGUUUCUGAAGCCUGUAGCCAGCGAAUUUCCUGAACUAGUUGAUUUGCUCUCGGCUUCAGUAGCGGCAGCAGAAGACAAACAGCUGACAGCUGAAGGAGUGAGCAGCACAAGAGGACGGGAGUGCAAGAAGAGAUUGUAUCCCGAGCAUAUACCAACGGCCGACGUGCUUGCCGGGAUCACAAAUAAGAGAUUUUUCAAGGGCACAAUUCGAUGCAAUCGCGACUUUUGGCUGGAGUGUCAUGUGCUGAUUUGUGGAGAGAAUGGGGUGAAGAUGCCAGUGUUGGUGCAAGGUCGGGAACAUAUCAACCGAGCGAUUGAUGGAGAUGUAGUUGCCAUAGAGCUGUUGCCGAAAGAGCAGUGGAAAGCUGCUUCGAAUUCUUUUGCGGAGAAUAACACAGUUGACGCGGCAGAUGACAAAGAUGUCGAUGAUGACAAAGGAGACGAGCAACCUCCAGUUAUUGGUGUUGCUGAACCUACUAUUUCGCCAGAACAGCUGCCACUAGUGCAGAACGACGCUGCACAUAAUGUGAAGCCUACCGGACGCGUUGUGAGCAUCAUUCAACGCAACUGGCGCAAGUAUUGCGGAUCGCUGGAGCCGCCACGGGAUGGGACGACAUUGAGUGUAUCUGGAAGCUGCCUGGUAGUGCCAGUGGAUCGGAAAGUACCAAAAAUUAUGAUUCGCACACGGCAGCAAGAAGCGCUCAUGGACAAACGGCUUCUAGUAGCAAUAGACUCGUGGCCCUCGGAUAGCAAAUUUCCUUUGGGUCACUAUGUGCGCACGUUAGGUGUCAUUGGUGACAAGGAGACCGAAACGAACGUGCUGCUUAUUGAGCAUGACAUCCCGUGCGACCAGUUUAGUGACGAGGUAAUGCGCUGCCUCCCGCCGGAAGACUGGAAAAUUACACCCGAUAACUCUAGUGGACGUCGUGACUUACGUGACCUGCCAGUCAUGAGUAUUGACCCACCCAACUGCAAGGAUAUCGACGAUGCUUUGCACGCAAAAUGUCUGCCAAACGGGAACAUACAAGUAGGAGUGCACAUUGCUGAUGUGACGCAUUUUGUGGCGCCGGGUAGCCCCCUUGAUGAAGAGGCUGCUGACCGUGGAACAUCGACGUAUCUUGUUGACCGUCGUCUCGACAUGCUUCCUGGACUGCUGACGACCAAGCUUUGCUCGCUCACAUGUACGGAAGAUCACUUUGCCUUCAGCAUCCUGUGGGAGAUGAAGCUUGUGGGUAGUAAGGAAGUGCAGAUCAUCGACGUGUCGUUUUGCAAAAGCCUUAUACGCUCGGUAGCUUCACUGUCGUACCAACAGGCGCAAGAGUUAUUGGACGAUCCCGGCGCUGGUCGUGUGUUUGGGCAGGGCGGAAACUUGACGACGAAGAAAAGUGUCGGAAGUGAGAAAGAGUCCGAGCGUCGACAGGUGCUGGGAAGUGGCAUCAAGACACUGAAUGCAAUUGCAGCACGCUUGCGCGCUAAGCGAAUCGAGGCCGGAGCUUUGACGUUGGCCUCGCCUGAAGUGCGCUUUGUACUUGAUACGGAUACGCAAAAUCCGCUAGACGUGCAAAUGUACACCCUUCGUGAUACGAAUGCUCUUGUGGAAGAGUUCAUGCUUCUAGCCAACAUUACUGUGGCCAAGAAGAUUGUGCGUCAUUUUCCGACCUCCUCAAUGCUACGGCGGCAUCCUGCACCUUCUAAACGCCAGUUUGAUCUACUGUGCAGCCAGGCGAAAGCUAUUGGUGUUGAGCUGCACGUGGAUACGUCCAAGCAGCUCCAAGAUUCGUUGGACACCGCUGACUUGCUUGUCGAGAAUGGAGAAGGUGGUACGCAUGGCAAGCGAAAGCAUCGCAAUAAGUCCAAUCCAUACUUUAACAAGUUGUUGCGCAUAAUGACCACGCGCUGUAUGAUGCCGGCUAGCUAUUUCAGCUCAGGUGAAGUGGCGCCUCCAGAGUACCACCACUACGGUUUGGCAGCUCCAAUUUAUACGCACUUCACUUCACCUAUUCGACGAUACGCUGAUGUAGUUGUCCACCGCUUGUUGGCUGCUGCCAUCGGUGUUGCACCGCUGCCAAGCUACCUCGAAAAUAAGUCUCACCUGCAUGAGAUCAGUGACCAGCUCAACCGGCGCCACCACGCAGCUCAGCUCGCUGGUAGAGCCUCGGUGACUCUACACACGGUGUUGUAUUUCCAGCAGUAUCCGACACGUACCGAUGCCGUCAUCACGAAGGUCAAGAGCAAUGGCGUGGGGGUGAUGUUGCCCAGUUUCGGUAUCGAGGGCAUGAUUUUCUUGUGUGGCAAAGUAGAGCAAGAUGACGAGGACGUCGUGCGCUAUGAUGCAAGCCGCCACUCGCUUACGUUGGUGCAGGAGAACAGCCGCACGCUGCAGGUCUUCGACCGCGUGCGCGUCAAAGUGUACGUUGCUCUGGGCUUUGGCAAUCGCCAGGAAGUCAAAAUGGACUUGUUGGACGAAGAUGAUGGAUUGGACGACGAAGCAGAGGGCAAGUCCCAAGAGGAAGCAAAAGCUGCAGUUUUCAAGAAGCGUAAGGCAGCCGCGUAA